AUGGCUCCUGGGAUGGUGAAAAAGGGCAAGGCCAAGGCUGAAAAGCCGGCCCAGGCUUCUUCUGCUCAGGCGUGCAAAGAAGGCGCAAAGGCCAAAAAGGGACAGAAAGCCGAACCGUCAGCGGCUGAACUACCAGCGGCAGCACCACCGAGACCCACGGUCAAGCAACUCAUCGGGGGCUCGUCAUGGACCGGAAAGCUUCCAGUCAACCUUUUGAGCGAAUACUGCCAGAAGCAAAAGUGGGAGAAGCCCGACUAUGACACCAGGAAAACCCCAGAAGGGUUUUCCGUCUGGGUCACGCUGAGUGCAAGGGACGUCAAGACGCAGCAACUCACCAGGUUGGAUCCCUUCAAGAUCCCGCCCAGCCAUAAGCACCUCCUUUUGCGCGACACGGCCCUAGAGGCCAAGCAUGCUGCGGCGACCUAUGCCCUUUUCAGGGUGUGCAGCAUGCAGAACAAGCACACUGUGCUUCCCCCAGACCACAAAUCUCUCUGGAGGGACUUCCAGGCCCUGAAAACGCAGGAUGUAAAGGACGGGAAAGGCUGGAUGUACGAUGCGGAUCCGUUCAAGGCUCUCCAAGAAAGGCAAGAAGCCAAAGCUGCCGCCGAGAAGAAGCGAAAGGAGCUCGAGCAAGCCAAGGCCAAGGCCAAGGAGAUGCCCGGUGCUGCGGGCUUGGUCCUGAUGAGCAACUCGGCCGGAGACGGGAAAUCCUCCUUUGACCCCAUGAGGGGAUGGGAAACAGCGCCAAAAGUUGAAAUGGGGCGUGAAACUAGAGCGCAGCUGGAGGCGCUGCUGCGGAAGAGAGUAUCGUGGAACCCGCACAGAGUACGGAUGCAACGAAGCCUGAAGGAGGCGAUUGUUGCGGACCUCGGCAGAUUGGGGUUCAGGAAAAGCCACAUCGCAGAAGCCGUAGAGCACUGCAAGGACCGUGAGGAGACCCUCGAGUGGCUCUUGAUCCAUGUUCCAGAAGAUGACCUCCCUCGCUGGGCUAUGCCCGAGAGCUACUCUGCCGGGGUCUCGAUCGGGUCGACGGACCUGAAGAGGGAAGGCAUCAUCAAGUCUCUUUCGGAAACGGGAUACUCCGUCGAGCUUUGUGCGCGCGUUCUGGAUGAAAACGAUGGCGACGAGAGCAAAGCAGCCGAGGCGUUGCAGCGCCUCCUCCUCUCUUCCAAUGUCGCAGAAACGACGGCUUCCGACGACUUUCUAGACUUGGGAUCUCCGGACGAACAGUGGAAGGACGAGGUCACCAGCUUGGAAGCCAUGUAUGGCGAAGGCUUUCGUCAAGAGUCUGGUGACGUGAUUACGAUCAAGCUGGAAGCAGUCAAGGAUGCAAUGAGCGGCAAAGGGAGCCAGGUUGAGACAUUCCUGCAGGUCAGGAGACCAUCGAGCUAUCCGAAGCACCUGAUCAUUGCCAUAACCGCGAAGCUGCCUUCCUACAUCAAACUCAGCAUCGUGAGACAAGCGCUUGCUUACAUGGAGGAGUCUCUGCAAGAGGAGCCGAUGAAGAUUUACCUCGUCACGGAUUGGAUUCAGCAAAACAUCAAUAGAGUGAUUGAAAACCCCGGGAACCUGGUAGACAUCUCAGCCGUUUCCUCAGCCGCCUCAGAUGCAAGACCCAGAGAGCAGCGACAGAGCAGAGGCAAAAGAUGCCACAAACCUCGAGCGGUGGUCCAUUGGCUGCCGGACACCAAGAGUAAAGAAGAGUGGCUUCAGCGUCAAGAAAGCCCGCGGUGGAAGGACAUGGUCUCGAAACGGCAGAAACUCCCUGCUUGGCAGAUGCGGCAACGAAUCGUGGAAACAGUCGACCGGAACCAGGUUACCAUUAUCAGCGGCGAGACCGGUUCCGGCAAGUCAACGCAGUCUGUGCAAUUUAUUCUAGACGAUCUCUACGCCAAGGGCUUGGGGGGUUGCGCGAACAUGAUUGUGACGCAGCCUCGCCGCAUCUCGGCGCUCGGGCUGGCGGACCGUGUGGCGGAAGAAAGAUGCUCCAAGGUGGGGGGAGAGGUUGGAUACGUCAUUCGCGGCGAGUCUCGACAGUCCAAGGACACGAGAAUCACGUUUGUCACGACUGGUGUUUUGCUGAGACGCCUCCAAACUUCGGGGGGCCGGGUGGAAGAUGUGGUUGCUUCUCUGGCCGAUGUCAGCCACGUCAUCAUUGACGAGGUCCAUGAGCGCAGCCUCGACACCGACUUCCUGCUCACCUUGCUCCGGGAAGUGAUGAAGAUGAAGAAGAAGAAUGCGCUCAAGCUGAUGCUCAUGUCAGCCACGCUGGACGCUGCCGCUUUCAUGGACUACUUUGCUGCCGAAGGACUGAGCGUAGGCGCUGUCGAGAUUGCGGGGAGGACGUUCCCAGUGGAGGAGUACUACCUCGACGACGUCAUCCGCAUGACUGGCUUCGAUGCCGGAAAACCCGAGGCUGGAUUCACCACGGACGAGGCGAUGGGCAAGAUUAUCCAGAAACUGGGACACCGCAUCAACUACAACCUGAUUGUGGAGGCGGUCAAGGCGAUAGACUACGAACUAUCCUACGAGAAGAAGUGCGGCGGCAUACUCAUAUUCCUGCCGGGGGUUGGCGAGAUCAACCACGCCUGCAACCAGCUGCGGUCCAUCCAUUGCUUGCACGUGCUGCCUCUGCAUGCCUCGCUGGAAACCCGAGAGCAGAAGAGGGUCUUUUCAGGUCCGCCUACUGGGAAGCGCAAGGUGGUGGUGGCCACCAACGUCGCGGAAACGUCCAUCACCAUCGACGACAUUGUCGUCGUCAUCGACAGCGGCAAAGUCAAGGAGACGAGCCUCGACCCGCAGAGCAGCAUGAGGAAGCUGGAGGAGGCGUGGGCCUCUCGGGCUGCCUGCAAACAGCGUCGCGGGCGAGCCGGCCGUGUCCAAGAGGGGAAAUGCUUCAAGCUGUACACGCAGAAGCUGGAGCAGCAGCAAAUGGCCGAACGGCCCGAGCCGGAGAUCAGGAGAGUGCCUCUGGAACAGCUGUGCCUGUCCGUCCGGGCCAUGGGAAUGCGAGACGUGGCCGGGUUCCUGGGGCGAUCACCCACGCCGCCGGAAGCGCAGGCCAUCGAAGGAGCCAUGAAGCUGCUGGGGCGCAUGGGCGCCUUGGACGGGGACGAGCUCACGGCCAUGGGCCAGCAGCUGGCUACGCUCCCGGCCGAUCUGCGGUGCGCCAAGCUGAUGGUGUUCGGAGCCAUCCUGGGCUGCCUGGACGAUUGCGUAACCAUGGCGGCCAUCCUGAGCACGCGGAGCCCGUUUAUCUCGCCGCAGGACAGGCGGGAGGAGUCGCGCCAGGCCCGCAUGCGCUUCUCCAGCGGCGACGGGGAUCUGAUUACAGACCUGGACGCGUUCCAGGAAUGGCACGGCAUGACGAGAGACGGCCAUGUUGCUCAGCGACAGGUGCGCUCGUUCUGCGACGCAAACUUUCUGUCUUACCAGACCUUGUCGGACAUUUCCAACACGAGGUCGCAGUACUACGAGGCGCUGAAGGAGACGGGCAUGGCGUCAGAAGCCCCCGAGCAGCUUGGCGCUCUCGGCGCUCUCGGCGGCGGCGGCGGCACCGGCGGCGGGCACCGGCGUCGCAACGCGCGGCUUCUCCGAGCGCUCAUUGCCGCAGCCUUCACGCCGCAAGUCGCCAGGAUCCAGUACCCGGACAAGAAGUACGCAAGCUCCAUGUCUGGCGCGAUGGCGCUCGACCCGGAGGCCAAAGCCAUCAAGUACUUUACCCAGGAGAACGGCCGGGUGUUUGUGCACCCGAGCAGCACCGUGUUUGACAGCAAGGGAUGCGCGGACAACGCGGCCUACAUGUCGUACUUUAGCAUCAUGGCCACCAGCAAGGUUUUCAUCCGGGAUCUGACACCGUUCAACGUCUUUACGCUGCUGCUCUUCUCGGGCCCGAUUGAGCUGGACACGCUGGGCCGCGGGCUGCUCGUGGACGGAUGGCUGAGGCUCCGGGGGUGGGCGCGCAUCGGCGUGCUGGUGGCCCGGCUGAGGGGCAUGGUGGACGACUUGAUUGCGCAAAAGGUGGAGAGUCCGGGGCAGGACGUCGGCGGCGGCGGCGACAACGGCGGCGGCGGCGGCGGCGUGAUUGAAAUGGUGAUCAAGCUGAUAGAGCUGAACGGCCUCGAUGCGUGA